UUUUGUUUUGCUCCACUGUAGCGUAUUGUAGAAUAAAAUAAAAAAGUGUAGGAUUGAAUUAACACGGAUUGUGUGUAAACGCUAGCAUAAACAAUUAAUAUUUUAAUGUAUAUGUUAAAGAAGAAAAAAAGACAUCAGGACGAAAUUAACGUUUUAAAAAAAGCAUUGUUAAAUGCAUGCGUACAGAUUUAAUGGUUACGGAACGAGCUAAUUUAGCACUGAAGAUUUGCCAUGUUUGUUUUUUUUGUGUUUCUUUAAAUAAUAACCAAUUCAGGGUGUUACAUAUGUAAACCAGCUCCGCUUUGCCUAGGCUCAGGAAGAAACUUUAAUCUUGAAGAAGUAUGGCUCCCAUUAAAAUUAAACACGUAGUAUCUUUCAGUUCGCAGGACCCUAAGUACUGUGUGGAAAACAUUUUCUGUAGCGAUGCCACGAGGCCCUGGCUUUGUUCUCCUAAGGACCACACUGGUAUAUUAAAGGUUGAACUGCAACUGGAGAAGGUCUCUGCUAUUGGAUAUAUAGAUAUAGGGAAUUGUGGGUCUGCCUUGAUUCAAGUUGAUGUUGGUCGUUCUUCAUGGCCGCAUGACGUACCAUAUGAGGCGCUACUGGCUACUGCAAGCUUGAUGUCCCCUGUAGAAUCCCGGCAGGGUAUAAACCGAACAGGUGUACGUAUGUUCAAAUCAGGAGAUUUUCUCAGUCAAGCUCGUAAUGAACUCUGGGACCGUGUGCGAGUGACCUGCAGCCAGCCUUUCAACAAACAUACUCAGUUUGGCCUGUCUUUUCUAAGGAUUUGCACUCCAGAAGAUGAGAGUGAACAUUCUGUGGUCACAGAGACUCAGAUUGUUCAAGAGAAAAGCAAGUCUAAUGAUCUAAGAAAACAAGCCCAAGAUUGGUUGUCAAGUCCUACUGUUCAAAAGAUUUUUAAUGGACAGAUGCAGAUGAAAUGUUCUUCAGAAGCAACUCAAACAAACUUGCUGAGCAUGGAUUCCACAUCUAACUGUUGUAUGAAAGAUCUUGCCUUCCUGAGCCGAACAGCAAGGAUGGUGAUUUCUGCUAGACAGUCUCAGUUACCUAACCGGAGGAUGUCCGGCGCUGAAUCUUUUCACUGUGAAGAGAGCAAUGCAACCGAUCAAGUUAAGUGUGAAAAAGAUAAUUCAGCUGGCUGCAAGAAUAAGCAGGUGAAUAAGAAGAAAAAAACUGGAGACGGUGUUUUAAGGUCAUCCUGUCAUAAGAGGCUGUAUAAAGGACAAAGAAAUCUAGUAAAUAUUUCAUCAUCUAGGCAGCAUACAAGAAGGAAUUCUCCCAGCUUACCUGAUGAUAAGGAAGAAGCCCCUCUUGAAUGUUGUCCCAUUUGCGGAGGUCAUGUCAGUUUUGAAUACCUACCGUUACAUGCUUCUUCGUGUAAUGGUGCAGGAGACAUGGGCAUUCCAGAUUUGGAACAAGACUGUCAUUUUCCUUCAAGCUCAGAAGAGCGGGUGCAGUGUCCUGUUUGUGGAUUCCGCUUUCCCUUAUCUGAAAUUGAGCGACAUGCCAGUGGCUGUGGAGAACCAAAUUCUUCUAGCUGGAUUUUUGUGGACCAAGCACAAUGGCGGGAGAUUAUGAACAGAAAGAUGCACUUCCCGCCAGCUCUAAUCAGUGCUAUUCAAGAUGGGAAUGUCAACCAGGCCUCCAAGCUGUUGCAGCCAAACGACGGUAUCUUGCGCCAGCUGGAUGACUCAGAAGAUCGGCAGUGGCGUGAAGCUUUAAAUCUUGCAAUCCGUUUGGGCAUUGAAGAUAUGUUUGAUCUCCUGCUGCGUUGUGUCAAAUUUGAUUUCCGCCAAAUCCAUGAGGCCCUACUGGUGGCUGUGGACACUAACCAGCCUCGAGUAGUAAAGCGCCUUUUAGAUCGUCUGGAUCAGGAGAAGGGCAACAACAAAGUUGACAUCCGCUCAUUUUCACUGGCCUUCUUUGACCAAUCUAUUGAUAAUUCUCAUUUUGCCCCUGGUGUAACUCCACUCACAUUAGCCUGUCAGAAAGACCUUUACCAGAUUGUGGAAAUGCUGACCAAAAAAGGCCACAGUAUUCCCCGACCACACAAGAUCUCAUGCUCAUGCCUGGAGUGCCGCAAUGGUCGCCAAUAUGACUUGCUCAAGUUCUCACUGUCCAGAAUAAAUACUUACAGAGGCAUUGCCAGCCGUGCCUAUCUCUCUAUUGCCAGUGAGGAUUCCAUGCUAAGUGCCUUUCGACUUAGCAGAGAACUCAAAAGGCUGUCGAAGAAGGAACCUGAAUUUAAGCCACAGUACCUGGAACUGGAAAACCUUUGUCAAGAAUAUGCUGUGGAACUCUUAGGAAUGUGCCGCAAUCAAAGUGAAGUGACAACUGUUCUCAACAACUGUGAGGAUAGUGAUGAAGAGCUGGAUGAGCAUGGAUUUGAGGAAGGCAUUCCAAACUUGGCACGGCUGAGAUUGGCAGUCACCCUAAACCAGAAACAGUUUGUGGCUCAUCCCAUCUGCCAGCAAGUCCUGUCCUCUAUAUGGUGUGGUAAUUUGUCAGGAUGGCGUGGAAGCCACACUCUGUGGAAGCUGCUAGUUUCCGUGGGAAUUUUCAUUACGAUGCCUUUGCUCUGUCUGAUCUACUGGAUUGCACCCAAAUCCAAGGUUGGACAAAUCUUAAAAAUACCGGUAAUAAAAUUUCUGCUCCACUCUGCCUCCUACCUUUGGUUUCUUAUCAUUUUGCUUUUGGAAUCCAUUAUUAUGGAGAAAAAUCAAAGUACCUUUUCAACACGUGAUGAAGCCAUUUUGAAGAACUCUUUCCACAUGAUUUGGGUAUUGGGAUUUUUCUGGUAUGAAUGCAAGGAGGUGUGGAUUGAGGGUUUACGUAGCUACCUCUUGGACUGGUGGAAUUUCUUGGACAUAAUGACCCUCAGUAUGUACGUGGCAUCAUUCACUUUACGUGUCCUAGUCGUCCUCAAAGGAUAUUUCUUCUGCCUUGAUAAGAACACUGAACUUGAGUGUAAUUACUUCACUAAACUUGAUCGACAAGAUUGGCGAACUGAAGACCCACAGUUUAUUGCAGAGGUGCUUUUCGCUGUGACAAGUAUGCUGAGCUUUACACGACUGGCGUAUAUUUUGCCAGCACAUGAAUCUCUUGGAACACUGCAAAUUUCUAUUGGAAAGAUGAUUGAUGACAUGAUGAGGUUCCUGUUCAUCUUGAUGAUCAUUGGCACUGCCUUCCUCUGUGGGAUCAACAACAUUUAUGUGAAUUAUGUUGAUUCUCCACACCUUGGACAGUUUAAUGUUACUUUUCGGUUUUUAUUCUGGACCAUGUUUGGUGUAGCAGAUGAAAGCUUUGUGGAUAUGCAGGAGUAUGCAGUAGCUCAGUGUGUGGGCCAAAUACUGUAUGGCAUUUUUACUUUAAUGAUUGUCAUUGUCUUGCUCAACAUGCUUGUUGCCAUGAUCACUAACUCCUUUCAGAAGAUUGAGGAUGAUGCUGAUGUGGAGUGGAAGUUUGCUCGUUCAAAGCUUUACCUUUGCUACUUCAGGGAGGGACUAACACUGCCUGUCCCCUUUAACAUUAUUCCUACCCCGAAGGCCAUCUUCUACUUAAUAAGGAAAAUAUUCAGAACACUCUGCUGCUGCUGUAAAUUUGACCGAAAGCCUGAUUACCCGCCUAUAACUUCUAUUUCAAAUACAGCUUUGCAAAGUAAAGGUGGAGACGACAGAACAUCUUACCGAAUGCAGGUGAUCAAGGCUCUGGUGCAGCGAUACAUUGAGACAGCCUGCAGGGAAUUUGAAGAAGCAAGGAGAAAAGAUGUGGGCAAUCGAAUCACAGAGCUGAAUAAAGUAGUGGGGCGCUUACAUGCAGAGAUGAAGAACAUGCGAAAGAACAUGAGGAACGAGACCAAUUCUGCUCCAGAUACAGAAGGAUCUAGCAUCCUUGGGAAGUAUAUUCUAGGAGCUAAGAAUAAAUUCCGAGGCUUUGAUGAAGAGUCACUCGGGUCAGGAGAUGGAUCAGUGAAGGUCACCGUGCACUUCAAGAGUAAAACAGAAGAGGAGGAAGAUGAUGAAGCCGUGACCUCUCCAACAGACAGCAAGGCUUCUGAUGACACAGACACUGGAUUUGGCUCUCAAGUCGGGGAGGACUCCAUCGAUGGGGGAGAAGAAGUACUUGAGCCAACACCAGAGUGA